GCACAGUUGUCAAGACCGCGGAGAAUUUUUUGUACGAUUUUUUACUCGAGAGUUGUUUAAUUUUAUUUAAAUAAUGUCAGACGAAAAUAUAGUCGUUGUUAAAAAGGCAAAAUCGGAGCCUUUGCCACCGCCACGCAAGAAAAAAAAGUUACACAUACCUCGGCGUGCUCCAUCUGUGGUCAUACCCCCGAGGGAACCUAUAUACCCAUCGCCAGACAAAAACACGUGUGCCGAGUGCCCCUGCUUCCCGAAGGAAGAUCCUUACGUCAAGCCAAAGAAACUCAACCCAUGCCUACACACCCCUUUAACCCUGUACGAGUUAGCAGCCGCGGUGGUGGAAGAGCUGAGUUUCCCUAUAGCCUUCACGUGGUCUGAAGACGACGUGGUCAACUGGAUCUCGAACGACUUAGGGAUGCCACAGUACAGGGAAUGCAUAAUCGAUAAUCAUAUAAAUGGAUUAAGGUUGCUUAUGCUGGAAGACCCGUCGAGACUACCAUUAAUUAACAUACACUAUUUUGAUGAUAUAAAGAUAAUAUCCGAAGCUGUCCACAAGCUGUUUAGCACGGACUUCAUAAAAUUCGCCAGGAGUGUAGGCCUGCCGAUAAGGUACCCCCUCACUAAUUGCACUUGGUUCAAAUCCAGGACCGGCCCCUCUUGGGGGAUCAGGAAGAAUUGGACAAGAUUGGACAUUCUAAGAUGGAUGAAAAUUGUUAUGCCAGCUCCGGUGUAUAGGGACCAUUGGGAUUUAGUUUGGUACCAAAAGCCAGACUUCCCCAAGGUGAUGUUCGCCAGACUGAAGGAGAAACACGUACCAGAAUUUAUACCGCGGUAUCGACCGCCUAAAGACAUGGUCUGCCACGAAUAUCAGGUGCCGAGGAAGUUUAGAUUCCAAACGGGUAUACCCGACGAGGAGCAGUUAAUUUGGGUGGAGUUCAAGGUGCCCCCUCCAAAACCAAAGUCGAAGAAAAAGAAGAAGGAGAAACCUAAACGGAAGAAGAUUAUACCGAAGGAGACCAAUCUGAUGCCGAAGAAAAUUGACCCAACGGGACUGAAGGGGAAGGAGUUUAUACUAGCGAGGAGGCUCAUGCCAAAGCAAAAAUUUGCAGUCCGUGUGUGAAUACAGUUUGAAUUAAAAUUACUGUUAACGGUGGCAACAGUUAAUUAUAAUAUUGAUUAAAAAAAAACUGUUUUAAUAAACAAAGUUUCAUAUU